AGAAGAGCUUUAACAAAAUUAUGUUAUUUGUUAAAGACUCAUGGAAAGUUGAAAGAUAAUAGGAAUAUGACAAUAGAUGAGAUGGUAAUAUCCUUUCUUCAUAUAAUUGCACACAACAUUAAGAAUAGAGUACUUAAACGCCAAAUAGCAAGGUCUGGUGAGACUGUUAGUAGGCAAUUUCAUGCUGUUCUGAACUCCGUUUUAAGGCUACACGACAUAAUGUUUAGAAAGCCCGAGCCUAUACCUGAUAAUUCAACCGAUGAUAGGUGGAAGUGGUUUAAGGGUUGCUUGGGAGCAUUAGAUGGCACUUUUAUAAAGGUAAAUGUGGAAACCGUUGAUAGACCUAGGUACCGAACAAGGAAAGGUGAAAUUGCUACCAAUGUAUUAGGUGUUUGCACACCAGACAUGCAUUUUAUCUACGUAUUACCGGGUUGGGAAGGAUCUGCUGCCGAUGGUAGAGUUUUGAGGGAUGCAAUUAGUAGGAAGAAUGGCUUAAAGGUUCCUCAAGGGAAUUACUAUUUGUGUGAUGCUGGAUACACAAAUGGGGAUGGAUUUUUGGCACCAUAUAGAGGUCAACGAUAUCACCUAAAUGAAUGGAGACAAGGAUACCAACCUGCAACAGCUAAGGAAUACUUCAAUAUGAAACACUCUCAAGCAAGAAAUUGUAUUGAGAGGUGUUUUGGCAUAUUAAAGGCUAGAUGGUGUAUUUUAAGAGAUAAAUCAUUUUAUCCCGUCAAAACUCAAUGUAGGAUUAUAUCUGCUUGUUGCAUUCUCCAUAAUUUCAUUAGGUCUGAAAUGUCAAUUGACCCUAUAGAGAUUGAAGUGCCUCAAACGGAGUUGGAUAAUGAUUAUGAGGAGGAACUAAUAACACAUUGUGAGACAAGUUCUGCUUGGACUGAAUGGAGGGACAAAUUAGCAGAUGAGAUGUUCACCAAUUGGCCGUCAUUGCAUCAUUGAGAUCAUUCCUUGCUAUGUUGUUUUUUAUUACUAUUUCAUUUUAAGAACAAUUUUAUUUUAUGUUAUUGUUUCUUUUUUAUCUUAUUUCAUUAGUAGAAUGUCAAAACUGUGAACUAAUUUAUGUAUUUGUAUUAAUUAGAGGACUUGGUAGUAUUAAUAUAUUGUUUGGGGUCUUUAUUUCAUUUUAGUACAAUCUCUCGUUCUCUAGUUAUACUGUGAUAAAUUUUAUUAGUGCAGUGUUGAUAUUUAAUUCCUUCAUCCAUGAAAGCCAGAAUGGCAAGGUAUUAUUGCCACACAUGGACUAUAUUUAAUUCCUUCAUCCAGUAGCUAUAUAUUGUGUUAUUAUUUCUAAAC